AUGUGUGGCGCCAGGCCAGAGCCACCAAACCCAAAACACAUUCUUCAUUCGGGUUGCUCCCUGUCUCAGGUUCUCAAGGACAAACUGAAGCAAGCCGAGAGGGACUUCAAGUAUCCUUUUGCCUACCAGUUCCGGUACGGCUUGGACGCGACUGUGGAAACUGCUUUGCGGGUCGUGGCCAUGUACACUCCGAAGCAGAGCCGGCCGCGGUUCAUCCUACGCCCCCAGAAGAACCGGACAUCGUCCUUACAGGACAUCACCAGCUGCUGCGACGACCCGCGCCUGAAGGGCUGGUUUCGCAGAUUGGGUCUGGAUCCCGAAUGGGGCCGGGCUUGGCUCCUAGAGGUCCAAGUGUGGUCGCCUGACAUCAAAAAAGUGACCGAGACGUGUGCUCCAGCUUGGUCGCAAUCGAAAGCACAAAAGGACGAGCGGAUUUUGGAGUUUCAACAUGUACGCCGUGCCGCCUGCAGCUCUGGCUCCAACUAUAGAUGCUCCAGGACUCAACUCGCCAUGCCUCGUCGCUGCGCUGGCUUCCAGGAUCCUUCAGACAGUGGAGCCCGGCCUUGUCUCUUCGCUCCGGAUGGUCUUGGCGGACCCGCGCAGGCAAAGUCUUCCAGAUCAGGACGCUGCGUGCUCUGCAGCGUAGAUGCUCUAGCGCAGGCGCUGGAAUCUCGAGUAGGCAAAGGGAAUCUAGUCAGGCGCCUCAGGCAUUGGAGGCGGCUCGGGACGCCAACAUAUGAAGCUGCCUUUGAAUUCGGAUCAUUGCUUGCAUUGUCUCCACACGAGCAGUACGGCCUUCGUGAGAAAGCAGGAGAAGCUGCAAGAUUCCGAAGACAAGCAAGCUGGCUGCACAAGGGCAGACAACGCCUAAGACACUUCCUCCUGGGCAAGCCGAUUCCAGGCGGGAGCCCGGGAAUGAGCGCAAGCAGCCAAGAAUGCUUGCAGAGCAAAGCCAGUUCAUACUGUGACGAUGGCCACUUGCAUCGCAUUUACAUGGUCUACCGCAAGAAGGAGCCAUUUGCAAAUGUCAAGUCGAAGUGUAAGGGUCGCACCUACUGGAGAGGUAAGUUGGCCAUCAUAAGGCGCAAGCGCUGUGCAUGGUGGAAAGCACGUCGGACCCUCCUUGCGAAAUACCUGGCUUCAAUCACACGUGGACCUCCUUUCAAUAGCAUUGGGUUGAAAUGGGCAAUGGAAGAAGGUCUGCUGCAGGCUGGUGCGCAAGUUCCUCUGCCAGCUCCUGACUAUUGCCCGCGCCAGGCAACAUGGUACCUAACCACUACUGGAGACAGCUUGUAUUUCGAAAGGUUCCGCGCGAAGAUCUGUUCUCAGGGCCAGCUCGAUAGCGCUCUGUGCGCCAUCAACAAUGCCCUGGGCAGAAAAGAGAGCUGGAUUGACGAGGGGGGCACGGAGAAAUAUUUGCAAGAGAAGGGCUAUGAAUGGUAUCGACACAUGAUACAGAACGGUGUGAUUUUCUCGCCAUUAUGGGUCAGCAGCAACUUGGAGCGCAUUGGGUUCAAGCUGCAGAUGUGGAGACGGCAGGAGCCGGAGUGGCCACCAGGGGUCAUCAGCCUUCUGCAGAUCCGAGGCGACAGACGGCAGCACAAAGACUAUUGGGCUGCACUGACGUACUGCAAGGGCACAGUAUACUUGCUGGACAGUUUCCGUAACACACCCAUAUUGCUUUCCGAUUGGAGGCGUGCCUUGGAAGCUCACCCAACAUAUGCACUCGCCCAGCUCUGA